AUGCAAGUACACCUAAAAGGCGAUAUUUCCGCAGAAAAAUUUUCCGAAUUACUGUUGAAAAUUGGAGAUGGAAACUGCAUUGAAUCAGAAGGCAAGAUUACUACACCUACAGGUUUAGGUAAGGUAGUCACUUCAUUAAAAGACCUUAUAGCCGAUAUCUACUCUGACAUUCAAAAUAUUACCAAAAAAUCUAUGGACUGGCUGUGUGAAAGACCCAUAUUUACCCCUAAAAAUGACACCGCAGCUGAAAUCAAUCAUAUAUUGUUAAAUUCUUUCAAUGGUCAAUCUAUAGAGUUCAAAUCUGUUGAUUCAGUGUUACAAGAUGAUAAUGCUGUUCACUAUCCAUCAGAGAUUCUCAACACCCUCAAUCCUCCAGGUUUUCCAGCACAUCAACUUAUUUUGAAAAUUGGAACACCGAUAAUGUUGUUACGGAAUCUAAAUCCUCCUAAGUUGUGUAAUGUUGUGCAAUGUGCAUCCAUUUUGUGCAAUAUUUAA